UGACACGAGUGGACGUGUUUUGAGACGCCCGCUCAGCUUGCAGACUUCUGGAAGUAGAGCAAUAUGAAAAGUAAAUAAGACGGCGCGUGUCGAGUGUUUAUAAUAAAAUUGAUUUCGUUACCGCUACGGAGAAGCACAGGCGCCUCUUUUGCAUUCCCAACAUCUGUACCGCGGAUGCCGUCCGCUUGUGAAUUUUGGCGCGUUUUCAGCAACAGGUGCCUAGCGUCGUGGCCUAUCCGCCGAUGCCUUGCAAACGGAUCGUGUCGAAAGGCGGGAUUUGGCGAAAUUUUUGUUUAUAGAGUGACAUAGGCCCGUUAUUAAUGCUGCACCCCAGCCAGUCCGGCUAAAAGGGGUCAGCCAGUGCGCGCGUGAAGAAAUUGAAUUGACUUGGCCACCGUCGGCGCGAACCGAAAUCUGUGUCGCAAAUGAGGCACUAAUAAAUUAUCGCACAUUCGCAGGCCGCAAUUGAGAGUGCUUCAUUAAUGUAGAAAUCGCAAAUAAAAGAGAAUAUCUAGUUUUGCAGCGGCUGCGUUUGUUUAACUUUGCCUCGAACGUGACCAAACUUUGUAAGCGUCAGUGCCGCCUGGAGCUGACGGAUAACUUCGGAGUCCAAGCAGGCCAAGAAGCACAACGCUCUGCCCAAAUAUCGGACCCCCACUUACCAAGCCAGACCCUUAUGCAGUCCAAUUAGCAUCGCCCCGAAAUGAAGACCCGUGGAUAAGUGAAUUCCGGAAUACAAGGAACUACCGAAGGAAACUGAAGUCGCGAACGUAAUUAACCGCCCAAAACACAUAAAAACAGAAGCUUUGGGGCAUUGGGGCGUGCUAGCCAAGAAGGGAAAGCAGGAGCAAUGCAAAAUCAACAAAAAUGUUGCAUCUCCCCGAAGGAUCAACAUUUGCUGCCAAGGAUACCGCCAACGAAAAGGGAGCUUUCAUCUUUCAUGCGAACCAAUCCCCUUUAAAUUAAAUGCAACUUCAAGAAGCAGCCUUGCAGCUUGGUGCCCGUAAUGUUGGCGUCCCCCUGCCCUGCCCCCACUGGAAUCCGCGCUGCAAACCCCUCUCCCUGUCUGGUUGCCCUGGUGUUGGCUGCUCUCAGCCAGUUCUGCCCCGCCCGCGCCGAGGUCUUUACACUGGGCUACCUAACGGGCUCGCAGAGGCGUCCGGGUAACCUGGACUACCACCGACCCGGCCUCACCAUUUCUGGCGCCAUAUCGCUGGCCGUGGAACAGGUGAAUAUGGGCGCUCUGCGGGACCGCGGCCACACACUGGAGUUCGUGGUGGCCGAGACCUUUGGCGAAGAGGUCACCAGCAUCCGCCAGACGGCAGCGCUCUGGACCCAGCAGGUGGCUGCUUACAUCGGACCCCAGGAGACAUGUGUCCAUGAGGGUCGCAUGGCCGCCGCUUUCAACCUGCCCAUGAUAUCAUACUACUGCACCCAUCGAGAUCCAUCAAACAAAGCCGACUUUCCGACAUUUGCCCGGACGCGGCCUCCCGACACCCAGAUCUCCAAGUCGGUGGUGGCGCUGCUUCUGGCCUUCAACUGGACGCAGGUGACCUUCCUGUACUUGGACGACGCCAUUGGUCAGUACCAGCCCGUAGCUGAGACCAUUUUGAACACCCUGGCUGUAUCCGGCGUGAGCAUCAGGGACGUCCGCACCUGGAACACCAUAUAUCACCACGGCUUUAUGGCCAAUCCCUUCGAGGCUUUAGUGGAGCAGACACACGUCAACACAAGGAUCUACCUGAUCCUGGGCCACUACUAUGAACACGUCGGGCUCAUGGUCAGCCUCCAGAAUCGGGGCCUGCUUUCGAGAGGCGACUACUUUGUGGUGGGCAUAGACAUCGAGCAAUAUGAGCCGGCCAAGCCAGAAAAGUACUUGCGCGGACUGUUGCUGGAGGAGGUGGAUCCGAUUGCCGCACAGGCCUUCCAGUCCUAUUUGGGCAUUGUGCCGACGGCGCCCGUCGCCUUUGCCACGUUCGCCAACGAGGUCAACAAAUACAUGGAGCGACCGCCAUUCAAUUUCCCCAACCCCCUGGGCGUGUUUGGCGCCGCUAAGCAGAUAAGCGCCGAGGCAGCCUAUCUCUACGACGCCGUCCAUCUGUACGCCAAGGCCCUGAUGGAAGUGAUGGACUCGGGAGGCAGGCCCAGGAACGGAAGCGCCAUUGUGGCGGCCAUUAAGGGCUCCCGAUACCGCAGCGCCAUGGGUUAUCACGUGUACAUCGAUGAGAACGGAGACGCGGCGGGCAACUACACAGUAUUAGCCAGAGGAAAGGUGCGGAAUGGGCGCAACCAGACGGUCCUCGGACUGCGGCCCGUGGGCACUUUCAGUCACAGGAACAUCAGUCUCAGCAGCACGAGCGAGACAUUGCCGCAGCAGGAUCUGAAUUUGUUUGUCCCCAUCGACUGGGUUGGCGGUGCGCGCCCUGCGGCGGCUCCUCGCUGCGGCUUUAGCGGCGAAAAGUGUGUUAAUUAUACAGGAGAAAUCUCGGCAGCGAUAGCGGGAGGAGCUCUGCUUCUGUUGGGAUUAGUUUCGCUGGUUUUCUACAGGAACUGGCGCUACGAGCAGGAGCUGGACAGCCUGCUUUGGAAGAUUGACUUCCGCGAGGUGCAGAUGCAUGAGAACGAGAGGGAUCAACAGAGCCAAAAGCAGACUCGCUCUACGCAUCCGCUGAUCCGCACCAGUCAGGUGAGCCUGAGCUCCAAUCCCGAUGCAGAUUUCCGCUACACGACCAUCUUUACACCCAUCGGCCUCUACAAGGGCCAGCUAUACGCCAUCAAGAAGCUCCGGAAGAAGGGCGUCGAGAUAACGCGCGAGAUGAAGAAGGAGUUGAAGUUGCUACGCGACACCCGGCACGACAAUAUCUGCGCCUUUAUAGGCGCCUGCACGGACCCGCCCAACAUUUGCAUCAUCAGCGAAUACUGCACUCGGGGCAGUCUUAAGGACAUUCUGGAGAACGAGGACGUCAAGCUGGACAACAUGUUCGUUGCCUCCAUGGUGGCUGACAUUAUACGCGGCGUCAUCUAUUUGCACGAGUCGCCCGUUCGCUUCCAUGGCGCUCUGUGCACUUCCAACUGCUUGGUGGACUCUCGGUGGGUGGUCAAGCUGACGGACUUCGGCUUGUUCGCCUUUAAGCAGGGCAUUGAGGACAACUCCACGGACAUGCAGCACAUGUCGGCAAAGUGUCUAAAGUUACUAUAUCGAGCCCCGGAACUUCUCCGACAGGGGCCCGCUUCUCUGGUCAUGGGAACCCAGCGCGGGGACGCGUACUCCUUUGGAAUUCUGCUGUACGAGAUGCACGUGCGCCGCGGUCCGUUCGGGGAAACUGGCUUAACGUCCAUGCAGUGCUUGCAGAAGGUGCUCCAUCCGCAGGACAAGAUGCAUCCCUACCGACCCUCUCUCCAGCCUCUGGAGACAGCCUUUGACUGCGUCAGCGAAUGCCUGCGCGAGUGCUGGGCGGAGCGGCCGGAAGAGAGACCCGACUUCAAGACCAUUCGGGCCAAGCUGCGUCCGCUUCGGAAGGGCAUGAGACCCAAUAUUUUCGAUAACAUGAUGGCCAUGAUGGAGAAAUACGCCAACAAUCUUGAGGCCCUCGUCGACGACCGCACGGAUCAGCUCCAAGAGGAAAAGAAGAAGACCGACGCCCUGCUGCACGAGAUGCUGCCGCGUUGUGUGGCUGAUCAGCUCAAGAAGGGCCACAAGGUGGACCCCGAGCACUACGAACAGGUGAGCAUCUACUUCAGCGAUAUUGUCGGCUUUACGGCCAUGUCCGCCGAGUGCACGCCGCUGCAGGUCGUGGACUUCCUCAACGACCUCUACACCUGCUUUGACUCGAUUAUCGGCCACUACGACGUCUACAAGGUGGAGACCAUAGGCGACGCCUACAUGGUCGUCUCUGGGCUGCCCCUGCGCAACGGCGACCUCCACGCGGCGGAGAUAGCCACCAUGUCGCUUCAUCUAUUAAGCGCAGUUUCCGAGUUCAAGAUUCGCCACCGACCCACCAACCGCCUGCUUCUGCGAAUAGGCAUUCACUCGGGACCUGUCUGCGCCGGAGUGGUUGGGCUAAAGAUGCCGCGCUAUUGCCUCUUCGGAGACACCGUCAACACGGCAUCGCGGAUGGAGUCCAGCGGUGUGCCCCUAAAGAUCCACUGCAGCUGGCAGUGCAAGCAACUGCUGGAGCGCCUGGGAGGCUACUAUUUUCAAGAGCGAGGCUUGAUUUCCAUGAAAGGAAAGGGUGACCAGCGCACCUAUUGGCUGCAAGGAGAGGACGAGGACGCGCGCAAUCGGCGCACCUACGAAAGAUCCCAGCGACGGGGGUCGCGGGCGCUAAACAAAUUCAUCCAAGGCACAAUAAAGCAGGCCCAGGAGCACGCCAAUGAUUACGGCAUAAGGUCCUCGCUGAAGCAGAAAAAUUUGCCGCGAAACUCGCUGGCCCGUUCCUCCAGUCUGGAAUCGCCAAAGAAGUUACGCUUUGCUGCCGGAAGCCUUCUUGAGCAUCACCGCUAUCACAGUGACGAGGCUCUUCUGGAGGUGGACUCGUACACGGGCCUGCGACGCUCCUCGGGAGGAUCCGUGCACUCGCGCUACGAGGAGACUACCCUCUCGCAAACAGUGUCCUGCCAAAGUAUUGAGGUGCUGAGUGUGCAGUACAGCCAGCGGCGCCCGUCAUCAUAUCCCACUGCCAACACUCCGCUGUUGAUGAACCACAUUGAAGUGUGAAGUGGAGGCGGGGAACUUAUCCAACCAAAUACAGGAAAGCUAGAGGAAUUUGUGUUCAGUAUCAUUAGCCAAGUGUUUGCAGGGGGACACCCUUGCAUCAGCGCCGUAGCAUCAGCAUAUUGUGAGAGUGAUUAUAAAUCUAGUCAUUGUUUUACAGAUCCAUGCAAAUCGAAAUAGUCAAAAUUGUAAACGGAACGAAUUAAAGGCAACACCCAAAUAACGGCAACGUGAUAUUUUCUAGGAGUGACCUUGGGCAUGUUUAUUAUGUUGUGUACUUUGUCAGAGUUUGAUUUAUUGUGUCUUGAAGACAUUGCAUCCUUUUAAUGUACAUUAAUGGUAUUCAUUCGACAAACUUAACGAUUUAUUUAUACAACUUUAGUUUAAAACCUAUUUGUGCAUUUCACUAGGCGUUAUAAAUACAUUAUUUGAUUUGCAAUCAUUGGAUCAUUGCAAUA